GAGAGAGAGAGAGAGAGAGAGAGAGAGAAUUUAUAGAGGAAAUCCCCUUCAGCAUGAAGCCAGAAGCCUAAAGCCAAGACAGAAGAGCAUCUACCAGCAGCUUCUUACUUCUGAUGAAAUCAUGCAAACAAAUGUAGGAUAUCAGAUCUGCUCUAAAUCGUCUCAUGUGGACUCUAAGCAGAAAACAGUGAGGAGAUAUGAACAUCUUGAACCCAAUUGCCAAGAAGAUCAAGAAGAUUCAAGCGAUUACUGCUAUGGUGGGUAUCAUCCAGUCCAGCUGGGAGAUGUUUUUAAUAAAAGAUACAAGGUUCUGUCAAAGCUGGGUUGGGGUUAUUUCUCAACUGUGUGGCUUUGUAUUGACCUCAGGUCAGGCAGGCAUGUGGCAGUGAAGGUGUUAAAAAGCGGUGCUGGAUUUACCCAGGCCGGUCAAGAUGAAGUGACUUUAUUGCGCUGUGCCAGUGGUCCCACAGCCCGCAAUCCUCUUAAAGAACGUAUAGUGCAGUUACUGGAUGAGUUUAAGAUAGCUGGAGUCAACGGGAUUCAUAUAUGUUUAGUAUUGGAGUUGCUGGGUCCAGACCUGCGCUGUUGGCAAGUGUGUUUUGGUAAUCCAGGCCUCUCUCUCACCUGUGUCAAACGUGUCAUCACUCAGGUGCUUGAAGGGCUGGUGUAUCUACACACCCACUGUAAGAUCAUUCACACAGACAUCAAACCUGAAAACAUACUGCUGUGUCUCGAGUCGCAAUCCUCACCUCACACUGCAGGGGGCGCUCGGUCAACAUACUCCUCAGACAUUAAAGCUGCAAUACUACAGAUUCCUGGAUCAGCUGUGAAUCCUGGAGCUUUGGAGAACCUCAGGGUGAAGAUCGCAGACCUUGGAAGCUCAUGUUGGGUGUAUAAACACUUCAGCCAGGAGAUCCAGACCAGACAGUAUCGUUCACUGGAGGUUCUUCUGGGUUCUGACUACGGGCCUCCAGCAGACAUCUGGAGCACGGCUUGCUUGGCAUUUGAGCUUGUUACCGGCGAUUCCUUAUUUGAACCCAAAGCAGGGCCGAAUUUCUCCUUAGCGGAAGAUCAUCUGGCUCAUAUUAUUGAGCUCUUGGGAAAGAUCCCAGCAUCCGUGGCUCUGUCUGGCAAACACUCCUCUGAAUAUUUUGACCGCAAGGGUGAGUUGCUGCGAAUCGCUGCACUUCGUCCAUGGGGUCUAUUUGAAGUGCUUGUGGAGAAAUAUCAUUUACUUCUCAGAGAGGCGUCACUAUUCUCUGACUUCCUGUUACGAAUGUUGGACUUUGUACCAGAGCGGAGAGCCACAGCAGCUCAAUGUCUCAAGCAUCCUUGGCUGCAACUGUAACCAUACAUUCCUCCCCUGUCAUGUACUGUAAUGUAAUAUGGUGCUGUUUUAGCCCUUGUUUGGCUUUAAACUUGAAAUUUUUGAUUACCUGAGGGUAAAUUAACAAUUUUCAUUUUUGGGUGAACUAACCCUUUAAUCAGGCUCGUAAUUGUGUAAAUGAGACUUCAAUAAGAAUGACUGGAUCUAUCACAUGGAUUCAUGCUUAUGAUACUCAACUAUAUCCAUAUGAAAAAGACAGAAACAGUUUGGAAUGGCUUCAGUUCAUUGCUACAUACAUUCCACUAUUAUUUCUUAUAUAUCAGAGUCAAAAAAUAAUAAUAAUAAGACAGCCAUUUUCACUUGAUAUUUGAUGUGAUGUUUUUGUGGUAAAAAUACAAGACCCUGCUUAUGAAAACCCAGCUAAAGUCAUUUUUGGUGAUUUUCUGUUUUCUACAAAAAAAUCAUAUACAUAAUGUAAAGAACAUGAACUGUGAAAAUAUUACCUUGAUAUCUUUAAUAUUGACUGAGUAAUUCAUGUUGAAGACUGGAAUGAAGAAAAUUAGCCAUUGUUUUUUUGUAAUAACAAUGUUUUUUUGCAUAUUGAUUACCACUGACAAAACCACAGUGGUUUUUAAUCUGAGUUUUCAGGUGGCUCAGUGGGUAGCACUGUUGCAUCAUAUCAAGAAGGUCCCCGUUUCGAGCCCCGGCUCAAAGGUGGCCUUUCUGUGCGAAGUUUGCAUGUUCUCCCUGUGUCAGCGUGGGCUUACUCCAGGUUUCCCCCCACAGGCCAAAAAACAUGCCAGUAAAUCCCCAAAUCUGUGUAUGGGUUAAUUUGUGUGGAUCAACUUGUGUAUGGAUUAACCAGUUCUUGCCAUGAAUAUAGCCAUAGAUGAUGGAGUGGCGUAAAGAAUAAAGAAAUUGCAAACCCCUGGUGGUUCGUGGGGGAAUUGCAGGGGGUUGGUAAAGUGAUGAGAAACAAUGAAUUACAAAUAAAUCAUAAAAUGUAAA